UCCUUUACCAUAAUAUAUUCCCCAUUGUUCAAGGCAGUAAAUUUGGUUUCGACUUUAUGGGGGUGAGGUUGUCCAUAAAUAGCUCCGUUUCUUUAAGCAAACAGCCAUUGAGUUAUUGCCUAUUAUUAAACCUUUCUCCUUUUUUCUUGCUCUCUCUCUGUUUUUCCCUUUUCUCCGAUGGAUGAUGAUUCCGUUCAUCACGUAUUAUCAGGCCACCUCCUUGCGCCGCUUCUUAAUAAUGGAGACAAGCAGAACGACGUCGAACAGCAACGAACCACCGCCGCCAAUGGCGGUGGCGCCACCUCCUUUAUCAAAGCCUGCUUCAAUGGACUCAACGCUCUUUCAGGAGUUGGAAUUCUAUCCGUUCCCUACGCCCUCGCGUCGGGCGGAUGGCUAAGCCUAAUACUCCUAUUUGUCAUCGCCCUGGCGACGUUCUACACCGGGCUGCUAAUCCAACGAUGCAUGGAUGCAAAAUCUGAUAUAAGAACCUAUCCAGAGGUUGGAGAGCUUGCAUUUGGAAACAAUGGGAAGAUAAUAGUAUCAGUUUUCAUGUAUGUGGAGCUGUACUUGGUUGCCACAGGAUUUCUAAUUCUUGAAGGCGAUAACUUGAACAACAUGUUCCCCAACAUCGGGUUCGAACUGCUUGGCUUUAGAGUCGCGGGCCAAGCAUUCUUUGUUUUGGUCGUUGCCCUCAUUAUCUUGCCGUCAGUUUGGCUUGACAACAUGAGUCUUCUCUCUUUCGUGUCGGCGAGCGGGGUUCUCGCGUCGGUUGCCAUCAUCGGGUCCGUUUUCUGGUGUGGUGCCUUUGAUGGAAUUGGAUUCCAACACAAAGGAACAACUCUCAUAAACUGGAAAGGGAUUCCAAAUUCCAUCAGCUUAUUUGCGUUUUGUUACUGUGCACAUCCGGUUUUCCCAACCUUGUACAGUUCCAUGAACAACAAACGACAAUUCUCCAAUGUUCUAAUUUUCUGCUUCAUCGUUUGCACAUUAUGUUAUGCCUCCAUGGCUGUAAUGGGAUACGCAAUGUUUGGCUCAGACAUUCAAUCACAAAUAACCUUAAAUCUUCCAACAGGAAAACUCAGCUCAUUGGUUGCAAUCUACACAACAUUAGUAAACCCCAUUUGUAAAUAUGCAUUAAUGACUCUUCCAAUUGUCACUGCCAUUAAGAAUCGUUUUCCACUGAACUACAACACAAAGCCCUUGACUAUGUUAAUUAGUACCAGCGUGUUAGUCAGCAAUGUCAUUGUAGCUCUGGCAAUUCCCUUUUUCGGGUCUUUGAUGUCGCUCGUCGGAGCAUUUCUAAGUGUUACCGCUUCGAUUAUACUUCCGUGUGUGUGUUACUUGAAGAUUUCGGAAAGUUACAAGAGGCCGUUCGGAUUCGAGACAGUGAUAAUAGGUAGUAUCAUAUUAAUAGGUGUUGUUGUGGCCGUAGUUGGCACAUAUGUAGCUCUUGUAGAUAUUGUAGGACAGAUAUAAUCAAUUUAUUCUUCAUGUAGUAGUAUUUUGAUUUUACGGGAGUAGUUGAUGUAUCUUUUAAAGAUUGUCUCUCCAUAUUUUUAAUGUAGGAUCUUCAAAUAAUAAUGGAAAAACAUUCACUAUCAAAGAAAUCUUUAAAAGUA